UCAGCUAACAAUGAAAGUCCUGAUUGUUUUAAGUGUCCUAGUGGCCUGCGCUAGCGCUCUGGAAUGGGCGAACUACAAGCAGCAGUUCGAGAAGGUGUACAAGACUCCCGCCGAGGAGCUCAUGCGCAAGCUGAACUUUGAGAAGAAGAAGCUGGAGAUUGAGGAGCACAACAAGCGUUUCCACAAUGGUGAGGUAUCCUACGAGAUGGGUCUGAACCAGUACAGCGACAUGAGCUACGAAGAGUUUGCCGAGAAGGUGACACCCGCGCUGAAUCCUGAGGAGCAUGAGGUUAAGGGCAACAUUGACUACACACCCAGCGGCAGAGCUUUGCCCGCCAGCAUCGAUUGGCGCACACGCGGUGCUGUUACUCCCGUGAAGAACCAAGGUACAUGCGGUUCCUGCUAUACCUUUGCUGCUGCUGCCGCUUUGGAGGGCGCUUACUUCCUGAAGACCGGUUCACUGUACCCACUGUCCGAGCAGAACUUGCUGGAUUGCACCACAGUUUCUCCCUACAGCAACAUGGGCUGCAAUGGAGGCUACGGUGGUCGCACCCUGCAGUAUGUGGUCAACAAUGGUGGCGUUGACUACGAGUAUUAUUAUCCUUAUGAGGGCGUGCUCCGCAAUUGCCGUUACAACUACAACUACAGAGGCGCCACCGCGCGCCAGGUCGUCAAUGUUGCUGGCAAUGAGGCUGCUCUGCAGGCUGCUGUUGCCGAGAAGGGUCCAGUGGCUGUCACCAUUUACUCCUCCAACGCUUUCAAUAGCUACAAGAGCGGCGUGUUCUUCGACAAUUACUGCAACUCCUAUGGCACCAAUCACUUGGUGACUGUUGUUGGCUACGGCACUGACUCUUAUUAUGGCGACUAUUGGCUAAUCAAGAACUCCUGGGGCACUUGGUGGGGAGAGCAGGGUUACAUGCGCAUGGCUCGUAAUCGCAACAACAUGUGUCUGAUUGCCAGCUAUGGUGUCUACCCAGUGGUUUAAGCGACAAACCAAUCGAAAUAAUGCAAUAAAAAAAACUUACUUUAUGUAAAA